GUGUGACCAACGUCCCCGCCCUCGCCCCCAAGAUCCGGACUACACUACCCAGGAGGCCCGCCGCCAUUGCUGCGCCCACAUGACUCGCGAGCGCUGAGCCGGCUGGGAGUCGUAGUCUGGGGGUGGAUAAGCGGUCGCGCUCCAGGUAGCCGAAGGUGGGCGUCUUGGCCAGUAGGUGAUGUUGCCUCUGCUGUAGCAGGCAGGAACCCUAGAUGGGGAAGCGCUACUUCUGCGAUUACUGCGACCGCUCCUUCCAGGACAACCUCCACAACCGGAAGAAGCACCUGAACGGAGUGCAGCACCUGAGGGCCAGGAAGGUCUGGUACGACCUCUUUCGCGAUGCCGCAGCCAUGCUGCAGGAGGAGCAGACCAAGAAGCCUUGCCGGAAGUUCUUGCAGACAGGCCAGUGUGAUUUUGGCUCCAACUGCAGGUUCUCCCACAUGACUGAGAAGGAUCUGGAGAAGCUGAGUUCGCAGGUGCAAGAAGAGAGGAGAGCGACUGAGCAACCAUCGGACGGGGCGGUGAUGGUGCCGGGGACCAUCGAGGACUGGCUGGAGAAGAGGUCCAAGCGGAUUGGCACCACCCAGCCUGACAGCACCCUCUCUGAGGAAGAGUCCCUGUUCCAGUAUCCGCCUGGCUGGCCCCCCAUUCAGGAUCUCCCCCCAUCUCUUCAGGCCCCGCCUCCCGGAGGAUGGCUGGUCCCGCCCAAUCUCCAGUGGGGGUGAUGGCAACCGAAGCCCCAAGAUGCCGGGUCUGAAACAGGACCAUCAUUGCCAUGAUGAGGAUGGUCCUCUCUUCGUCCCUGCUUCGGAGAAUAAAGGGGGUCAUUGGAAUAAA